AUGAGUACAAAUAUCGAAGAACUAAAGAUUAAACUAGAAUCUGAUAAACAAGAACUACAAGAAUUAGAGUUGUUACUUGAAGAAGAUCCACAAAAUGAAGAAUUACAUAGUCUAAAAGCAGAUCUAAUCAAUGUGAUCAAGGUAGCUUCAGAUCAAAUAGUAAAUUUACAAACGGCAUCUACUACAACUAUAUCAUCAUUUACCUCUCCUCCUUUAGAUCAAAAUAUUAUAAACCAAAAACAAAUAUUACAACAACAACAACAACAACAACAAAUAUUAAAUAAUUCUUCUUCUUCUGGUUCUUCAAUAUUAGCUAUAGGAUCAAGAUGUGAAGGAAAAUAUGCAGUUGAUGGAGUAUGGUAUGCAGGAGUGAUAACAGAUAUAAAGAGUGAUGGAACCUAUGUCAUAUUGUACGAUGGGUAUGGUAAUAGCGAGACACUUAGUUUUGCAGAUAUACGACCGCUGACACGUGUAAAGUUGGGGUCGAGUGUAAAGGAUCAGUCGACGCGAGUCAAUGCUGCAUCGGAUGGUUACGCAACCGUCCCAAAACAUCUUCGUAUCAAUGUCGACGAUUCAGAAGAGACCAAGAAACUAAAACUCAAGAAACAACAUUCUAUAAAGUCGGCGAAUCGUGUCUAUCGUAUAGACGAGGAGAAUCGUCAACAAAAGCAAAAAUGGCAAGACUUUGUCAAUGAAAACAAAAAGUCUGGAAAGACUCUCACCGAUCGUGGCCUCAAAAAGGGUAGCAUCUUUUCUACUCCCGAUAAUUUAAAUGGAAGAGUUGGUGUCGUUGGUAGUGGCAAGGCAAUGACUGAAGGUACUCAAUUCUCUACAAAGAGAAAAUCAAUCACAAAAUAA